AUGUUCGCGACCUUUGGUGUCGGCAACGUGAGGCCGAAGAAGAUCGACCCAAAGGAUGUGCCGGAACCCACUCCGGUCAUCCUCCCGCGGUACCAGCCCGUCGCCACCCAGCCAGGCUCCCAGCCCCCCCCAUCAGAGUCCCUGACGUCUCUGCUGGAGCACACCGGCCGCGUCAAUGGCUCCCUCAUGGGGCCCGUGGGGCUCCGCGCCCUGGGCUUGGACCUGUCCCUGGACGUGAGCAAGGAGGACCUGGUCCCUGACGCUGCCUACGUGCCCGACUUCGAGCAGUGGGACCGGCUCAGCCAGGACGAUGCGCAGGAGCAGAACCAGUCGACGCGGAGACCUCUGCGCAACGGCAACCUGUCGCCGGGUUGCCAGACGUACCUGGAGCGCACGCGCGAGCUGUCGCACGCCAACAACGACAGCUUCCGCACGGUCCGCAGGAUCCCCCCGCCUCGGGGCAAGCAGCAGGCCCGUCUAGGUAACGCCUACGAGUUCUUCCGCUGCCUCGAGACCAUGACGUCCUUCUGGGACGACCCCACCCAGCCGCCCGACACGCCGCCGUCACCCGAGGAGACGGGCAGACCCGACGAGGAGGCGGGCGGCCCGUCGACGUCGGACGGCAAGCCGGCGGCGGAAGCGGGCCAGGACGACGGCGACGACGGCGGCAAGCCCGUGCGCACCGCCUCGGGCCAGUCCAUGCCGGCCGACUUCCGACAGAGCCUCAUCGUGGCCUUCAUCAAGCUGGUAGCCUAUGACUUUGGAUGCAGCGUGUCCAUGGCGCGCAACGAGCCACGCCUCCAGCUGAGCUCACCGCUCGGCUCGCGUUCCCCCCGGAAGUCGUACAUCCCGUCGACAUGCGCCUUCGUAUUCCAGAGCCCGACGACGCGCGAAGCCGCCCGUGGCGGGCUGGUGUACGGGCCGGUGGCGGCGGUCAGCGCCCGCGCCACGACGGACAUGACCAAGCCGGACGUGGAGACGGCUCAAUCGCUCGACCUGGCGCGCGAGGUGGUGGCGGCCCUCAUCACGGCCCAGCACCGCGCCCGCGAGGGUAAGGAGGAGGUACGCUUCGGCGAGGGACAGUGGUGGACGCAGCAGAAGAGGUGGGGAGGCGGUCCGGGAGGUCCGAUAGGUCGCGAGAUUGACCGCGACGCCGUGCAGGGUGAUAAGGAUGUCAGGCCGACGUCUGGCGGCAGCGGCAGCGGCAGCGGCAGCGGAGGCGAGGGAGGGCCCCCCCUGGCCAAGAAGCCUCGCAAGAACAUGUCUGCGUACGACAGCUAUCGCAUGGUGCGUCCGCCGGCGGGGACGUGGGACAAGAAGGCGCGGUACGAAGCCAUAGGCAAGCUCAGGGGUGCCGACUACGACGACGUGCUGGUUAUCAGCUCUCUGUUCCACCACGUGUCGAUCCUGCGGGUGCGCGUCCCCGACAGGUUGCUCGAGGUGUUGGGGGGAGCAGAAGGUGGCGCUGACGGUACAGGGGUUCAGGCCUGGAGAAGUCCCUGGUUUGACCUGUACGACGUGCAGCAGAGGAUCGAGGCGAUGCGGUACAUGUGGUGCGUCAUGGCGUAUAUGAUGAGGAAGGACGAGGGGGAUGUUGUCAUGAGGGAUGCGUGA